CCUCGAGUUUAAACUCAUUCACGAGGCUCCGUCUGAUUUGGAUGAAUUCUCUGUUCAACAGUAUUCGUUUAUUACACUCCAACAACAUGUCACCGGUGAAUCAAAAGAGAUUGGCGAGGUUAUUCAAAAAAACAAAGAAGAAAUUUUAUUUGGCUGGGAAAUCACCUACACAACUUGGUCUUGAUUUUAGGAGUGAUCUAGAACAAAGACCAAAAUCAAGACAUUCUUCUCGACUUCAUAUCAUUAACACAGUCUUGUAUCAGAAUCUAUUGGAUUUGAUUAAUACCAAUGUUAUAAGUGAUGAAUUAGAAGAAUUGAAUGUGGAACUAAUCAAGGUGACAAUGGCUGGAGACUUCAGUGCAUGUAGAGUGUUCUGGAAAGCCAGUGGAGAUAUCAACGAAGACAAACAUAUACAAGAGUUACUGAACAAAUAUGCUGGUCCGGUGAGGCAUAAACUAACUCAGUUGAGACUGAUAGGAUUCCUGCCCAAAGUUGUGUUUGUGAAAGACAAAGGAGAGGCCAAUAGGGUGGAAGUUGAGAGACUACUCGCAGUGGCAGAUUUGGGACCUGAUGAAGAGGAAGAGGAUGUCACCAUGGAAACAAAAUAUGACAAGAUGGAUUUCAUUCUAAAACCUGACCGGGAUACUGGUUCCCACCCUGAUUCUGAUUUGUUUAACAUCAAUCAUAAAGAAUUACACAGUCAAAUCAUGAAAUUUAAAAAGAAAUUUCCAGAGACUGAGGAGAAGAAAGACUAUAAAGAGUUCAGAUUGAAGAAAAUGAAUGUUAGAAAAUAUUCUAAAACCGAGUUUUAUGAAUAUUAUGAUGAAGACGAAGAUGAUGAAUAUGUUUUUGAGGAUGAGAAUCAAGACUGGAAAGACGAGUUUAAAGAUUUGGAGGACAUCAAAGAAAAAUAACCACUACAUAACACUUAUACAAGUGGACAAUUAUCUUAACUGUAAUAAGCCAGGGUUCUAAGCAAACCACAAUAUAAACAGUUUGAAACAUAGCAAUGCAUAGCUUGGCAAGUGUCUUCAGUAUUAGCUAGCAUUUCAAGUACUGUAUUUUAUGUAUUAUGUGAGAUGCAAAAUAAAAAAAGAACAUUU